CGUUGAUGAAAGCAAUAUUCUUUGCAUUACUAAUUGCUCUGUCUAUAGCCAACUUCUCAGGAACAGAUGUUCAUGAGCUUACUUAAGAUGAUUUCAAUGCAAAAGUGCAAGAUUAGAAAACCUUCUGGGUCAUAGUGGAAUAUUCUAAUUUGAGCUCAGAACAAAGAACUCAAGUUGUUUUGGCUGCUGAAGCUCUCAAGGGAAUGAUUAAUGUUGGAGCACUUUCAAAUGGAAGUAGCACAGUCUUAAGAGUCUAUUCAAAUGGAUAGGCAAUCGAAUAUCCAGGAGAAUGGGAAGCCUAAGAAAUUGUUAACUUUGCUUUUGAUUAAAUCAGAGAUGUAUGAUUAAAUUAGUAAUUAAUCUUAGUUUGCCUUCAAACGAGUCGGCAAAGUACCUAAGAAGUAAGGAGAGAAAACCCCAGAACCAUAGAUAGAUGAAAGUGAUGUUAUCGUGUUGACAGACGACAAUCUUGAUGAAACUAUUCUCAAUAGUAAAGAUGCUUGGUUUGUAGAAUUUUAUGCUCCUUGGUGUGGUCAUUGGUAUCAAAUCUAAAUGUAAUCAUUUUUAGUAAGAAAUUGGCACCAGAAUGGGCUAAAUUGGCAACAACUCUCAAGGGCGAAAUAAAAGUAGCCAAGAUCGAUGCUAGUGUAGAGGGAUCUAAGGCAAAGGGCAAAUAUAAGGUGGAGGGAUUCCCAACCAUAAGAUUCUUUGGAGCAGGAGAGAAAGUAGAUGGUGAUUUUGAAAGUUUCGAUGGAGCCAGAGACUACAAUACUCUUCUCAGUUAUGCUCGAGAAACUAAUAGAAAAUUAAAGCCUCUCUUCUUUGAAUAAUUGGUCAACUAACAAUAAUUCACAGACAACUGUUUGAAAUCCACUGGCUUAUGUGUUUUAUUGUUCGUUCCCCACAUCUAUGAUUGCGAUUAGGAAUGCAGAGAUGCAUAUUUGAACACCUAUAGAGAGACUGUGAAGCCAUUGAAAUCCAAGCCCUUGGUUCACUUUUGGUCUUAAGCAGGAGAUCAAUAUGAAUUGGAAGAACAAUUUGGAUUGUCAGGAGCUGGGUAUAUAUCAUGAUGAUAAUUAAUAGUUAUCCUUCAGUUUUGGCUUUGAGUCCAAAGAAAUAAUUGUUCUCCAAGAUGAGAGGUUCUUUGACUUCAGCAAAUGUAGAUAGAUUCUUGAACAAUCUUUUAAAUGGUAAAGAAUAAGUUUCCAGAUUCGGAUCAGUUGUACCUAUAGAAGAAGUUAAAAAUUGAUAUAUAUAAUAAUUUUAAAUGU